UUUGUGCUAAUAUUUUAUACAAAAAAAUGAUAAGAAAGAUGUCAAAUCCUCCACGUGUUGUUAAGGAAUUCUUGCCAGCACCUGCCCAACGUCUACUUCUAAUCCCUACUUAUCAGCGUUCAUUAAGGUUAAAUUCCACAGUAAAAAGGGGUUUUGAGACAUCAGCCUGACUGCUAAAGUCUCGAAGGAAGGCCUUGAAGACCAGCAAUAUAUCCAAUGGUAUUUAUUAGUCAUUUUAUUAUGAUUUACCGGGAGAUGAGAGUGGAGUGAAGAAUUUGGCUUUGGAAAUUGGUAGAGAUCAUGAUAAAGACUUGGGUGAACGGAGUCACCUACGAGGGCCAAUGGAGUACAGUCACUGCCUUGAAGCAUGGCUCUGGCACUUAUGUGUGGAAGAGUGGGCAGGAGUAUGAGGGUGACUGGAAGAAUGGUAGACAAAAUGGAGAAGGUACGUUUACUUGGCCAGACGGUGAUAUCUACGAAGGAGAAUAUAAGAAUGGUCAAAAGCAUGGAAAAGGGAAGCUCACUUGUGCUAAUGGAACCAUUUAUCAAGGAGACUUUAAAGCCGACAAAAGCUGUGGCUUGGGAACCCAAUCCUGGCCGAAGGGCGACAAGUACGAAGGGUACUUCUCCGAUAACAAAGAGAACGGGAAAGGAACGUACACUUGGGAUGACGGCAGAAAGUACUUAGGAGUCUGGAAACAAGGCAAGAGACAUGAGAAAGGAGUCUUCUAUGAUCCUGAAGGCAACCAGGUUCCUCUAGAAUGGAGCAAUGGACAGUUACUGUAAUUCAGAUGAAAUGGAAUAAGUCAAGGGAU